AAUAUGUCUCAUAAAUGCUGCUGCUUAGCAACAAGCUCCGACAUUCUGUUCAAUCCAUUUCAUUCUGUAUUCAGCAACGAUUGUAAACGGUUCGCAAAUACAAUAUUUGUUGUAUAGAUUUAAAUUGAUUGAAAAUUGGUACAUUUUUGGAAUUAAAUAAAAAAUCGUCGGACACUACAAGUACAAUGGAAAGAAUUGGUCGAAACCAUCAGCCAGAUUCAUCAUCAUCAUCUCCACCAACCAGCGGACUGGUAUGCAGCAACUAUGAUGAUAGUGUAAUUCCCGAAUUUCCUAACUGUAUGUAUAGUGCAAACCCUAUUGAUAAUAUAUCCAUCCCGAAUGGAUCUGUCAAUAUUUGUACCAGCACAAAUUCAAGAGGAAGUGUUUCUCUUCUACCGCGGACAUCCAAUUCGUUUUGUUCCAUUCAGAACAAUUCUCCACAUCAUGAUCAGUUUGGACAGAAUUCUCAUCAUCACAGCUUCCAAGAUUAUUUAGAGUCUACAUCAGCAACUUCGCCAGUAAAUUUAAGUGCAAGUGGUGACGUUAACCUCAUUCAAAUAAUCAAUUGCAAUAAUAUUGAUAGCGGAUGCAUUUCUUCAAAUAUAUCCACGUUUGGUGGUUGCAACUCACCCUAUAAAGUUCAAAGGCAAUUAACAACUGGAAGAGAAAGGAAACGAGUUGUACGUUCGGCUCCAAAUGGGAGUAUAAAUUCCGCAUUUGACGAGCUGCGGGUCCACGUCCCAACCUUUCCUUAUGAGAAAAGGUUAAGUAAAAUAGAUACAUUGCGUUUGGCUAUUGCAUAUAUUGCAUUACUGCGUGAAGUUCUUGAAGCAGAUUACGAUCCUUUAACGUAUGUCGAAAAGUGUUUGCGUGGUGAGAUAAAAUCUGAUGGUGCCCAUUGGAAUACAAGUGACUUGACAGCCAGAUUGUCGUGGAUAAACUGGGAAUCACUUGGUGUACACCCUGGGCGACGAACCCUGCUUACAUCACUCACACUAAGUAGUGAGACACCAUCGUCAUCUACAACUCAUAAUCAAUAAUGGUAGCAAUAAAAUGCGUAGCUUCUGUAAAAUUAUAUGCUCUAUAAUAAAACAGCAUAUGAUUCCAUUGGUAUACCAAAAUGCAAUAAAACCAACGAAAUCAUAAGCUACUUUUAUUGUAAAGCAAUUCAGCAUUUCAAUUUUUGUUUGAAGCUCUAUUUAAGAUUAUUUGGCAUAUAAUGUAGUGCACACAAAAAGUAAAUUCAGUAAGAUAGCAAUAGUUCUGGGUGACUACAUACAUUACCACAGGUUACUGAGAAUCUACCCAGUGUAUUUGUAUAUAUCGGUGAUAAAGUUACCACGGUUGGUUUGAAAAUUACCACAACGACAAGAGUAUUUUUACAUUUUGUAUUCGGGUAACUUUUACACAAACUGUGUUAACUCUAUCACCGCGGCUAUGAAAUCCAUACUGACGACAACACUCGACCGGCCUCUAGUGGUCAUACACACAACACAUGUUGAGCGGUCAAUAUAUACACACAAUACAGACACGCUGGCAUAGGAUUUAUACGGUUUGCACGAAUGGCUACUUGAUUAUUGGCCAUGCAUACGCUUAUGUGAUUGAAAUCUCCAACUAUCACCACAAGCGUCGUGUCAGUAGAGCUCGUUUUAUGUUUACAUUGGAAAUACGUGUAAUUGUUGUUCUAGCUUCAUCACCGUGUCUAUCACUCAACAUAACAUGUAGUUAACUUAUACCAUUUUCUUCCUAUGUGUAAUGUAGUCUAAGCGCAUUGUGGGGACAAGCUCAUUGUGUGUCACCGUUAAAUAAAAACACUUAUUCAAAUUCAAUGUUUAUCUAUAUACCAAAAUAAAAUGCUUAUUUAAAGCCAAAGUUUGGUCCGUGUUUCUGUGGUUUCGAAGAAUUGUACAUUCUUUAUUCAGCCAGUAUAGUGUCCACCUAAAACCGACUGCUGCAAGCUCGCGUUGAUGGUGAGUCAAGAACGAUAUCGGCCCUCUAGGCAAGGAUAGCAUCAAGGUGUCAUAGUAUACGGGCACUUUCGAUCGAGGGCCAGUCCACUGUGCACAAAUACAUGAACACACGUAUACACUAGAUAGCGAUGUAACACAGUGUGUCGCUUGAUGCAUGCAAAAAAAUAUCGCAUGAAAAUAUCUGAUAUUUUUAUUCCAGCUGAUAGGAAUAUUUGUUAGUGUUCUCUGUAAAAGGUAUGCAAUGAAUGGGAUUUUAUAGCGAGAUGUUCCAUUUCCAUUCAAAAUGAUAUUUUUCUGUUUUGUUCGUAUUCAGGAACCUUCAAGGUAAAAACCAGAUUUGACUAGGACUCUAACAUCUCUCAGCAAAAUAAAUUUAAAUAAAAUUAAAUUAAAGAGUUUGCUGUGAUUGGUUAUCUUUUAUCUCUUCUUGUUCUUGUAGCGAAAAACGCAGAAAAAAUUAAGAAAACGAAGAAAAAAAGUGCUGUAGGAAACCUUAUUUGUGUGCGAUUGACGCGUAACUCAUAAGAAAUAAGAAAAAAACUCUAUGAUAGCAAAAAUAUAGAGGAUCUUGAAUUACUACUACAAUUUUGCCGAAAACACCAAGUAGCUAUUUCUGAAUCAAGCGAAAACCCGAGGCAUGUCGAGUGUCGACGCAUUAAAUUUUAACGCAGACCGAAUCUAUAGAAAACAUACAUUCUUUUACGUCUUAUAAUAAAUAGAUAUCAAAAAUGCCUAAAAUCAAUCAAAGAGAAAGUUUCAAAUUCAUUUGGUAGAGUGCCCCAAUUGUAUUUCCAUUUAGUGCACAUCUUGAAAGUUAAGUACUGCUUAAAUAUAUUGAAAUGUUUUUUAUGUAUAUGUAUAUGUUUUUCUUUUUCAUAGUGAAACUUCGUCGAAAUAUCAAAAAAUUAAGCAAUUUAUUUUGAGCCAUCACUAAAUACCAGUAUAAAUCUAUAGGUGAGAUUGAAAGUAGUGGAUGUUUCACUGACUUUGUUAUGAAAGAGGAGUAGAAAAGUUUCUUUCGGCUUAAAAAUGGAUAAAGAGUUGGAAUGGAUGUUCAUAUUUGGCGGAGCGUCGCAGUUUUUCACGGAACUGAUAAGAGAUAAAAACUUAAG